UCGGACGGGAACGAGGACGUCGGCGCGGGCUUGAAAGCGGUGUGGUACGGCGCGGAGGCGAUGGGGAAGAUGGUCGGCGCGGUCAAGAGCAAGGACGAGUCGUCCGCGACGUCGAGCGCGAGCGCGUCGUCCGCGUCCGCGGCGUCGUCCGCGGCGACCGUGGAUCGCGAGCGCGCCAUCGCGCUCCUCAGGGAGGACUACGACAGCUCGUACUUCGUCUCCGGCGUCGGCGAGCUCGCGGCGUACGCCCCGGACUGCGAGUUCAGCGACCCGUUCGUGGCGUUCAAGGGCGUGGACCGGUUCAAGCAGAACGUCGGCAACCUCGGAGGGAUGAUGCGCGACGUCGACCUGAAGAUCACGGGGUGGGAGGAGAGCGAAUCGGACCUCGUCACGAGCUGGCGGUUCAGCUGCGUCUUGGACCUGCCGUGGAAACCGAAGCUCGCCGCCGCGGGCGGGACGACGCACGUGUUUGACCCCGACACCGGGAAGGUGGUGAAACACAUCGAGCGGUGGGACGUAGAGCCGAAGAAGGUGGUGAAGCAGCUGCUGUCGCCGUCG